AUGAAUGGGUCAAGUGGGUGCCAAAAAGGAUUAAUAUUUUUGGGUGGUGUGGAGUACAAGAUCGAUUGGCAACAAAUGAUCGGGUUAAAGAAAAGGGGUAUGCUCUCAGGUGCGCCACUUUGUAAGCUAUGCGGAGAUCAAGAAGAAGAUGCAGAUCAUCUGUUUACGGGGUGUUAUGUAGCAGCAGUAAUGUGGCAUAAGGUGAGUUUGUGGUGCAAAAUCCAGCCAAUUUUUGCCUUCUCUAUGAAAGAUUUGCUGGAAUUUUAUAAAACACAACCUAUUGAAGAACCGAAGAAGAAAUAUAUUCAAACCAUCGUACUAGCAACUUGUUGGAGCAUGUGGAAAGCAAGGAAUGAAGGAAUUUCUAAUGGGAAGAGAGAAAAUACAUAUGGGAUCUUUGUAGAAAUGCAGGCAAAUACGUUCCUGUAG